UUAUGUGUUGUAUUUAUUAUUUAGUUAAUUGUGUUAAUAUUAAUAGAUAUUUACGAUCCAAAGAUUUGUGAAGCGCACUGAAAUAGUGCCUAUAAUUGUACAGAUUUUCAAUUGUUUUAGACAUGUCAACGUCUGAAACAACUAACGGACAAGUGGCUACUACUCCAGUGGCACCGGCUGUUGAUGCUCCACCGGAGUCGAGUGUAUCAGAAUCUCAGAAGGUAACUUCCUCCGAGAGUAAUGCUAAAAGGCUGAAAAAUCCCAAGCACAACGCACCUAUGCGCCAAUAUUUAGACCAAACAGUAGUACCAGCCUUGUUAGUAGGCAUGAAGGAGUUAGUCAAGGAAAGACCUCCUGAUCCAUUGGGUUUUCUAGCUGCAUUUUUAUUGAAGUAUAAAAAGGAACAUGUUGAUAAAGACUCAAUUUCAGAAACAUAACCAGAUUCAUUUUCUUCUU